CGGAUUUCGAUGGCUCUGCAGCUGAAGUAACUUUGGAGCACAUUCUGAGGAACAACUGGAAGCCUGUGUGGUUUACCGAGCUAUGCAUUUCCAGGACUGGUUACGGUCACUUCGCUCCAGCGCUGGACUCAAAAGUUCUGAAUCAGAGGACUUCUGGAGUCUUCUCCCGUCUCUGCCCCUGUCCUCCUUCUCCCUGUCCUCCCUGUCUCUGUCACCCUCCUCUCUGCUGGGUUUAGGAGCCCUCGCCUCUCUUACCGCCUACUGGCUGGUGACCCGUCCUCGACCCAUGCGUCCUCCCUGUGAUCUGCAGGCCCAGUCUGUAGCUGUGAAUGGAGAUCCCAGCUGCAGGCGAUCAGCUCUCCUUAAAGAUGACUCACUGCUGGAGUUUUACUACGACGACACCAGGACGGCCUAUGACAUGUUCCAGAGAGGCCUGAGGAUCGCAGGAAACGGCGCGUGUCUUGGCUUCAGAAAGCCAGGGCAGCCCUAUGAGUGGAUCCCCUACACUGAGGUGGCUGAGCGGGCACAGGUGCUGGGCUCUGGGCUGUUGGCCAAAGGCUGCCAGCCCAAUCCACAACAAUUUGUCGGGAUAUUUGCACAAAACAGACCAGAGUGGAUAAUCUCAGAGCUGGCCUGCUACACGUACUCCAUGGCGGUGGUGCCUCUGUAUGACACACUGGGACUGGAGGCCAUGGUCCACAUCCUCAACCUGGCGGAGAUUUCUCUGGUGAUCUGCGACCGGGAGGAGAAGGCAGCAGCUUUGUUGGAGAACAAGGAGAAAGGCGUGACUCCGACGCUGUCCUGCCUGGUUCUCUUUAACGAUUUCAGCGAUGCAUUUGUAGAGAGGGCGAAGAACUGCGAGGUGGAGGUUUUGAAACUGGAAGAGCUCAUGGACCUGGGAAGGCAGAACCUCAAAGAUCCUGUGCCGCCCCAGCCUCAGGAUCUGGCCGUGGUUUGCUUCACCAGUGGAACCACAGGGAAGCCCAAGGGAGCCAUGAUCACCCACGGCAACAUCGCCUCCAACACUUCCUCUGUCAUUAAGAUCCUGGAGGGUUCGUUUGUGAUCCGACAAGAGGAUGUGUCGAUUUCUUACCUGCCGCUUGCCCACAUGUUUGAGAGGAUGAUUCAGGUCUCGAUGUUCUGCCACGGGGCCAGAGUAGGGUUCUACCAGGGAGACAUUUCUCUUCUCAUGGACGACAUUAAAACGCUCAAACCAACCUUCUUUCCUGUUGUGCCUCGUUUACUCAAUCGCAUCUAUGACAAGAUCCUGGGAUCUGUGACCUCUCCGUUGCGACGGGCUUUGCUUCACUACGCUGUGAGGAGAAAGCAGGCGGAGCUCAGCAGCGGAGUUGUACGUAACAACAGUCUGUGGGACAAACUGGUGUUCAACAGGAUUCAGGCCAGUUUAGGAGGUAAUCUGCGGUUCGCCCUGACUGCUUCAGCACCCAUCUCCCCCACAGUGCUGUCCUUCCUUAGAGCCACUCUGGGCUGUCUGAUCUUUGAGGGUUACGGCCAGACAGAGUGCACAGCAGGCUGCACUUUCUCCAUGCCUGGAGACUGGAGUGCAGGUCAUGUAGGUGCUCCCCUGCCCUGUGCCAAGGUGAAGCUGGUAGACAUCCCCGAUAUGAACUACUACGCUAAGAACGGCGAUGGAGAGAUCUGCAUUAGUGGCCCCAGUGUGUUCAAAGGCUACCUGAAGGACCCAGAGAGGACGGCCGAAGCCUUGGACAGUGACGGCUGGCUGCACAGCGGGGACGUGGGCCAGUGGCUUCCAAAUGGGACGCUACGCAUCAUUGACAGGAAGAAGCACAUCUUCAAAUUGUCCCAGGGCGAGUACAUCGCUCCAGAGAAGAUAGAAAAUGUCUACAUGCGUUGUGUUCCCGUGCUACAGGUGUUUGUGCACGGAGAUAGUUUACAGUCUUAUCUCAUAGGCAUAGUCGUGCCUGACCCCGAGGUGUUUGUUGACUGGGCAAAAGAGCGAGGAUUCGUGGGAUCCUAUGAAGAGCUGUGCCAGAAUCCGGAUUUAAAGAGUGCAGUAUUAGAGGACAUGAGAGCUGUGGGGAAGGAGGCAGGUCUGAAGUCCUUUGAACAAGUGAAGGACCUUUACUUGCAUUCAGAGACGUUCAGCAUCGCCAACGGCCUCCUCACCCCCACAUUGAAAAGUAGACGUGCCGACAUCCGGAGAGUCUUUCAGGAACAAAUAUCAAACAUGUACAGCAAGACGGCCAUUUGAACGACAGUAAUUCACACACAACAGAUGGAAUUUAAAUCCUAUACGUCCAGCAGUGCCUUAUUUUAAAAUAUACAAUGUAUAUAUUUUGGAAUACUGGUAUUUUGCGUCAAAGAAGUUUGAAUUCACGUCCAGCUCUUGCACAUUUGUGUAAUGUAUUAACUCCACGUGAAAAAUAACAGAAUGGGACCAAACUUCUUUUUUAAAAAUUCCAAUCCCACUGUUACGUUUCACUAAAUUAGAGUUGUGAUUCACUGGGAGAUUUUACUGAUAAAUUAUUGUCUUGAUGUAGCGAUGAAAAUCACAAAGUUAUUAAGGAGCAACCUGCAGAGACAUUUAGUUAGGCAUUAAAUUCACACUGCUCUGUUCUCGUCCCAUGCAAGGAUUAUUAAAAGGGACAUUGUUACGAUGUUGCUCGUAGGACUUGCAUUAACUGUAGGUUUGUAUUUUUAUGGUUGGGCCCUUGUAUCACCAUGACAUAAGCUUCUUGGUAUCAUCUUUGAUCGUAGCUCGAUGCUCGCGUAUUUCUCUAAUUGGUUCUGAGAGAUUUCAUAAUCCAGUGUGAGCAUGUAAUCCUUCAGCAGACGUUAACUGUUACUAUUCAUAUUAAUGAGGAUCUCAAUCAGAAAUGAUUUGUACAAAUAAAAAGGGGGCUGAACUGUACAUACUGCUUAUAUUGAGAUUUUUUGACAGGACACUACUGACUAAUUGCAGUUAAAUAAAAUCGAAC